CCCAAGCGCCUCUCCUCGUCCAAUGAGCCUGCGCCGGACCCGUUCCCAUGGAACAGACCUGCAACGCGCCCUUCGACGGCCUCGGCCCGGGCACGCCGGCCAGCAAGAUGCCGGCCGUCGAGGACGUGGGAGCAGCGCCGCCCAACGGCGUGGCCUCGGAGGCGGCAGCGGAGUGGCCCGUCGAUGACCUCUCCGGGUGGGAAGGCGCGGCCGAGGCCGGGGAGACGCCUCCGUCGCCGUCCCGCAGCCGGUCGCCGUCGCCGUGCCCUCCCAAGCCUGCACGCCGGAGCUUGGUGCGGCGGGUGUCCGUCUCCGCGCCGGCCUCGCCCCUGAUGGCGCACCGCCUGGCCCUGGAGCAGUCGGUGUCGCCGACACCCUCGUCGUCGGCGUGCAACUCGCGCUCGCCCUCGCCACCGCCGCCCGCCUCCGACAGCGCGUCGCGCACCGACCUCAAGGUGCGCUUCCUGGCGCUGCCGAAGCACAGCUGGGAGGACAAGUCCCGCUCGCGGUACGCGCGCGCCGAGCGCAGCGUGGCGGUGCCCAUCGACUGGGACAGCGGCGACGAGGAGGGGGAGACCUCGGCGGAUGCGACGCCCUCGCCGUCGCCCCUGCCGACCUCGCCGUCGGCCUCAGGGGAGGUCGGCCUCCUGCAUCACCAUCACCACCUCCAGCACCUUACCGUCGGCGGCCAGCAGGACCGUGACUCCCACCACCACCAUCACCACCACCACCACCAUCAUGCCCUGCACGGGCUCGGCCACGGGCUCUCUCUCAGCCGGCGCCGCCUGUCCUCCUUCCUGCACCUGCACAUGCCCGAGCACUGGCCCUCCGUGCCGGCCUUCAAGCUGUCGCCGCCCUGCUCCGAGGACGCGGAGUCGGCCGACAACCUCUCGCUCGGCACUCCGCAGUACUCCGGGCUGCGCAGGUUCAGCUUCGGGCUCGGCCUGCGGCGCUUCUCCCAAGUGGCCCUUAGUCACAGUGAAUCCAUGGUGUCUUUCUCUCAUCGUACACUAGUAAAUUACAUCAGGGAUGACAAUAUCAAUGCACUGCAGGGUUUUUUGGAGAAUAAGCGUGCUGUGGUUGAUGAUAGAGACGAGAAUGGAGCUACAGCAUUGCAUGUAGCUGCAGCUAAAGGAAAGCUCCAGUUUGUCCGGGAACUCAUCAGUCAUGGAGCCGAUGUUAAUGCUGAGGACAAUGAUCAGUGGUGUGCGUUGCUUUGCGCUGCCAAAGAAGGUCAUGCAGAUAUCUGUGUUGAGCUUCUUGACAAUGGUGCUGACAUUGAACACAAAGAUAUGGGAGGCUGGACUGCCCUUAUGUGGGCAUCCUAUAAGGGGAAGGAAGAUGUGGUGGAUGUAUUGUUGGAGCGUGGGGCUGAUAUUAAUGCAUGUGGAAAUUUUCACAUACCAUCCCUUAUAUGGGCUGCUGGACGAGGCCAUACGGAGAUAGCUUUAAAACUCAUACAAGCGGGAGCCAAAAUCAAUUUUGGUGAUAAGUAUGGUACUACAGCUCUUGUGUGGGCAUGUCGGAAGGGUGAUGUCUCUAUUGUGAGAGCUGUACUUAAUGCUAGUGCUAAUGUGGAUACUGCUGGCAUGUAUUCAUGGACAGCACUGCUGGUUGCCACAAUGGGAAAUCAUUUAGAAAUAGUAAACCUACUUUUGGAACACAAACCAAAUGUGAAUGCUCUAGAUAAAGAUGGACACACUGCUUUAACUAUUGCUUGCAAGGAGGGUUUCCUUGAAAUAGCUCAAGCACUUUUAAAUUAUGGUGCUUACAUUAAUAUUCAGGACCGAAUGGGGGACACGACACUCAUACAUGCAGUCAAAGGAGGUCACCGCAGUGUUGUGGAGGCCUUAUUAAAGAAAUAUGCUGAUGUUGACAUUCCAGGAAAGGAGAAAAAGACUGCCACAUAUACUGCUGUAGAGAAAGGCCACAUUCCUAUUUUAAAACUGCUGUUGAAUUCAAAUCCAGAUUUAGAAGUUCAAACUAAGGAUGGGGAUACUGCUUUGCUCAGAGCUGUCCGCUCCAGGAAUUCUGAAGCAGUUCAGUUACUACUCGACAAAAAGGCGAAAGUGAAUGCUGCUGAUAAGCGUGGAGACACUGCACUGCACAUUGCAAUGCGUGCCCGCUCUAAAGCUGUUGUGGAAGUUCUUCUUCGCAACCCCAAACAUUCUCAAUUACUAUAUCGCCCAAAUAGAGCAGGAGAAACACCAUACAACAUUGAUAUGAGCCAUGAUAAAACAAUAUUAGGACAAAUAUUUGGUGCUCGCCGACUUAAUACAAAUGAAGACAAUGAAAAUAUGCUUGGUUAUGAUUUGUACAGUAGUGCAUUAGCUGAUAUUCUCAGUGAACCUUCUCUUUCCAUGCCUAUUACUGUAGGACUGUAUGCCAAAUGGGGUAGUGGCAAAUCGUUUCUUCUAAAUAAGCUGAGAGAGGAGAUGCAGAAUUUUGCACGGCAAUGGGUAGACCCUGUUUUUCAGUUCACAUGGAUUUUAUUCCUUGUGGUUUUCCAUGUUUCAUUGUUAAUUGGUCUAGUCUUUGGACUUAUAUCUUUAAGUUGGAUUGUAGGCCUUUCGCUUGGCUUAGCCGUUUUUAUUGUCUCCUACUGCCUUGCUAUCUUAGUGUGGUACAGUGGAAAGCGGUAUGAUUGGAAAUGGACAUACUUAGCACAUCUUUACUUCACCAAGAAAGUAGACACAUUGAGGUUGGUUCUUCAAAUUAUGUUUUGCCAUCCUCCUGGAAUUCAUAGUGAUGAUGUGCUGGCUGCUCAUCCCAUCAGAUUUUACUUUACUGAUCAAACUCGAAUGAGCUCUACUACUGGAGGAGAAAGUUCUGUUGUUCAAAUGCUGGGAUCUUUGUAUGAUGCAAUAGAAAAGGAUUUUGGAGGUUUACCAACCCGUUUGUACCGUGCUUUCCGACCUAAAAUAAAUAAAAGUUCAUCCUCUUGGAGAUUGAGGAAGUUGUGUUGUGUUCCUUACAUUGUGAUUUGUGAAGUAAUGUUCCUUUCUGCUUUUGUGGGAACUAUAGUUCUUACUCUUUAUCUUAAGCAUGACUCAAGUAUUGAUAAGACAAUGGCGGAAGUGAUUUUGUAUACCAUUGGUUUAGUUGUAGUUAUGGCCAUUGUUUCCAACUUUUAUACUUGGGGCAGAAUGUUCGGAUCGUUAAUAUUCUCUCAGCGGCGACAACUUCAGCGGACUAUUACAAGAGUUGAAACACUGCGAUCGGAAGGCUUCCUGCAAGCUGUACGCCAAGAGGUUACUUUUAUGACAGAAAUGAUUAAAUGUCUGGAUGGAUUUUGCCAACAACAAAGUCGUCUGGUGAUAGUAGUAGAUGGUCUGGAUGCUUGUGAGCAGGAUAAAGUUGUUCUUGUGCUAGAUGCAGUUCAUCUCCUCUUCUCAGAUGCAAACUCUCCGUAUAUUGUAAUUCUUGCCAUUGACCCUCAUGUUGUGUCUAAGGUGGCAAGCGAGGAGGUCAGUGCAGUGGAACUAAGCAGCAGGCGUCUUUUUACUGAAUCAAAUAUUGGUGGACAUGACUAUCUGCGCAAUAUGGUCCACCUACCAUUUUAUCUUCAGAACUCAGGCUUACGAAAUGUGAAAGUUGCUCAAAACGCAGCAAUGCAUCAUCGAAAGUCUCAACCAGGUUUUGAGUCCAGUGAUGAUGGUUACUUAGGUUACCCAGCUCAUAGUCAAACUUCGAGAAGGCUAUCCACAGAGUCGGGUAUGAGUAGCACAGAACGCCUUAAAACUGUGCCCAAAAAGGGCUCUCGAAAGUUGAAAUUAAGUGAAAGUGUAGCUAGCAGUCUUGGAAGUAAUUUGAAUCGAAUUGGUGGAGCACAUGACCUCACAAAAAUGCUUUUGACAGACGAUUAUUUUAGUGAUGUUACACCUCGUAGUAUGAGGCGACUAAUGAAUGUUGUCUAUAUCACUGGUCGUUUAUUGAAAGCAUUUCAAAUUGACUUCAAUUGGUACCAUCUUGCAAAUUGGGUUAAUAUUACUGAGCAAUGGCCAUUUCGCACCUCAUGGAUUAUAUUGUACUAUGAAAUGAUGGAUGAGAGCUUAGACGACAAUACUUCUCUCAAAACCUUAUAUGAUAAAGUUCGUCCUCAAAUUCCAAUGUCAAAAGACGUUGUGCCUCUCUUAGACUUGGAUCGAGAUGAAAAGAAGUUUGAUAUAUUUCUCACAUUUCAUCGUAACAACCUUCUUGUUAGUGAUCUGAAAGUAUUUCUUCCUUUUACCAUAAAUUUGGAUCCAUACCUGAAGAAAGUUAUCAAGGAGGAACAACAAAGUGCUGAAGAGUCUGCAGGGUUGAUGAUGUUCCCACAAAAUGUUGCAAACCCUCUACCAAAUCAACAGUCUUUAUUACUGCCUCACAAUGCAUCUUGGAAUGGUCAGAAUAAAACUCCAAGCUCUACAAAAAAGGAUGAUCUUAUUAAUCUGUAUUUUCGCCCACUUUUGCGCAGUUCAACCAUUCAGGGUACACCAAGUCAGAUGUACCAUUCACCUCACUCCUUUAUGGGAUGGGGAGGUAAUAAUUGGAUGGGCAUGCAAGAUGUCUCGCUCAUGUCUGCCUUAUCAUCUCCUAUGUAUCAGCAACAGCAGCAGCAGCAGCAGCAACGCUUGCCAUCAAUCACUCUUACUGCCGAAGUUGCUGAUAUGAAAUUAUCUGAACUCUCAGUAGAUGGUGUCUGUCAAAUGUUUUCUAAAAUUCCUGAUAUAAAUUCAUCUCAAGUGGCUAGAUAUACCAGUAUUAUCAGGGAACACAAUAUAAAUGGAAGAGUUUUACUCCACUGUGAUUUUGAUGAACUCAAAAAAGUGUUGAAAAUGAGUUUUGGAGAUUGGGAGCUUUUUAGAAUGCUUGCUGUGGCUCUGAGGGAGCGUGAACUCACCACUUUCAGUCAAGUAGAUGAGACUAAUCCCAAUAAGAAUGUGCGGUUCACUGUACCUAGUAUUCAGGCCACUGCCCCUCCACAGGAAAGAGAGCGAGAGAGGAGACCAUCUGCUUCGAAGAUGGCUCCUUCUGACAAGGAUGGAAUGGCUCUGCGCUCAAAGCCCAGUAUCAUGGAAAAACAAGUGACCCUUGAAGAGCAAAUGAUCUGUGGUGCUCUUCAAACUCUUAAUGAGGAGGCCUGUGAGGAUGUCUUGGAUGAAUCCGUUGAAACAAAAAGAAGACUCAGUGUGGUCAGCAAUGCCCCUCAGGAUCCAGAUUUUGGUUUUGGCCACCGUGUCAGGAGUGUGAGUCAAUGCAGUAGCCUUAUGGAUCGUGAAGAGACUGAUGUUGUAAUGCUGCAGUCGUCACCCUUACAUCCAUUCCAUUGGCAAGCAAUUGCACUUGGGUCCAGUCAUGAAGCAAACUUAGACAGUUUAAGUAUAACGAGCUUUUGUGAAGCCCCUAAUCCAACAUUGAGGAAGAACUCCUCAGCUGCUGAUUUGAUCAAUAAGCCUUCUCCCAUUCAACCUGCAGUCAUUAAUAACCACACUGGCUUAAUAAACCAGAGGACUGGUUCACAGGGCUCCUUAGUAUUAAGGGCAUCAAAUUCGAAUUCGCCUCUGCUUACAUCUCAAAGAAGACCCUCAUCACUGAUAGUAGAUGAGCACCUGAACCCUCCAUCAGCGGCUCCACCACUUGCUACUGUGAGAUCGCUCUCUGCAGAUGAGCGAAUAGAAAGGCGACCAUCAAUUGGUAGAAACAACGUCAAUAUGGCACGAAGAUCUCGAAAGAAAAGUCGAGAAGAAAUGCUAGCACGAUCAGUGUCUCCCUCUUCAAGCUUAGAAAAAUUAAACAGGCUCAAAGAAAAGAUCUUACGCUCUGUUCCUAGAGCUGGACAAGAUGUGGUACUUUCAAUAGAUUCCAAACGAGAUCUUGACAGUGAUGAUGAAAAUACUCCCCUUGUUUCGGAACUUAAUUCGCCUGUCAGAAGCCAUUCAGGGAAAAAUGAUUUUGCUAAUGGAGCGUUUGGUGAUACUGGAAGUGCAUCAGGUAGCAGUGAGGUUUCCCCAAGCACUCCUAUGUCCCCCAUAAUUGUAUUAGGUAUGGCUGGAGAAGGUGUAAGGAGUAAAUCAGGAUCUGCUAUGUCUCUCACUCAAGUUUUAGAUACCCAUGGAAGUGUCACCAUUGGAGAAAAUAAAGCAUGGAGUGGAUAUGCCGGGGGAGACUCUUUCAAUGAUAUUGGUCGGAGCUCACAUCGUUCAUCUCCAAAUCAUUUAGGCAGGCAAGACGCUCUUGAUAACGUUGAUAAUUUUAAAUCAGACGAAGUUGCUCUGGACAGCAAUAAGGGAGAUGGCGAUUGGAAAAACCCAGAGACUUCUGUGUAAAACAGAGAAAGAGGAAAUAAUUUUUAAGUGCUAUGCACUCAUGAAUGAAGUAGCACAAAUAGAGGAAUAUGGUCCUUUAUGGUGUGAUCAGGACAAUAUGAGUGGGACCACUCAAUAUUUCCUUUCUAGCACCACUAUAUUUUUCAGGAAAUUUGUUAAAACUGGAUGUGACAUUUGUUUCUCUUUCACAGCUGACUUUUGUGUUAUGUAGUUUCAUUGGAUUCAUUUUAGCUUAAGAGAAGACAUAUUUUAUAAUUGCUUACAAUUUAAGUUGGCUUUUUAACUUAGUUCCUAAUCAAGGUAGUGCCUCAAUUCUACUUCUCUUAUCGGUUAUGAUUUAUGGCUGUGAAUGAAGUGAGUAGAAGUGGCUGUAAAAUUAGAUUCAAGUACCUUACUAGAGUCAUUCCUAAAUAUACAAAAUACAUUUUAUUUUUUAAGGUAAUAAGUCUGCUUUCUGUUUCACCAAAUUGUAAUCAGGCAUACCUGCAUAGUUUCUAAGGCUUCCGAGUCACAAUGGUAACAGUUUCUGCCAUGCUUUUGCAAUAGCAACUCAUGUUCCUUAUGGAGCACACAAGUUUCUGUAAAGGCUUUCAUUAUUAGCCUGGCUCAUUGUUGUGUUGACUUAUUUUUGAAAAGGAUGUGAAAGGAACACUAGUUACUUGUGAUUUUCUAAUAUCAAGAAAAUAGGUAGUUUUUGAAAAUUCUAUUACUUUUUAGCUAUUUACCUGACUCUGUGAAAUUAUUCAUACGCAUCUGAUUAAAACCAAGCUGUAUUUUGGCUUCUGUACUUUUUACUUAAGUGUUUAUUUGUGGUAGUCUCCAGACCUCUCUUUAAUUUCAAGCUUUCUCUUGUUUUUAAUUUGAAUUACUCUUUAUGAACCUUGGUUAUCAAUGCUCAAAAUGUGUUGUUGUUUGAUUUUUUAAUACAUUCAUUGGGAAUAUUUCGGUAUCUAAUGGACAUUCAAUAAGUAUGGUAACUGUUAUUUAGUACAUUAAUGUAGGUACUUAAACUAUGAAUCAUUGUCUUUCUAAACAUGAUCUGAUUUGUAGUCAGUGUUGUGAAUCUUUUUAAGUGUGAAUUUCUGUGUAAUUUUAUAACUUGACAUUACAUGUUGCUAUUGUUGAAUUAUGUUGGAUUGAUGUGAUACUGGAUGUGUACUUUAAAGGAGGGAGGGAGUGAACCUUUUGGAGUGAAUGUUCUAGUUCAUUGCAGUUGAAUACUUAUGUGAUUUGAUUGUGAUCUAGGUUUUGUAGCUGAGGCAUUUCUCAGGCUUCUUCUUAAAUAUUUGGAAGCUAAGACUGUUGAAAUAUGGUCCUUUUAAUGUGUGCACUUGUAUACUUUUAGUAUGCUUUGAUUCAAUGUUGAAAUUGUAAUAAUUAUUGGUUGUGUAUUGUUAAAUUCUAUCUAUGUAAAUCAAACCAAUAGUGACAGUCUUUCGGUCAAUUGGUCUUGCGGGUUAUUGCAAGCUAGGCAUCAAAUCUGGUAUUUUAUAUUUUACAUCCUUCUCUAUUAUAACACUUCUUGCUAGCACAAUUUUUUUCUAAAUUGAGAAAUUACUUUUCUUUCUUUGCACCAUCUGCUAUUCUACUUGAAAUUAAGGUGUAUGGUCUGCACCUACUAAUGAUCUUCAGAUACAUUUUUUUCUACUUCUGUAUUUUACUGCUUUGUAAACCAAAGUAUGCAUACUGAUACAGAAACAUUUUACGCACCUGUCUUCUGUUUGUUCCCAAAAUGCAUCCGGUACAGCAAUACCAAGAAAUAUGCAUCCUUUGAUUUUCUCACUAACUAAUAACUAAACGUCAAUUGUAGAGUAGUUUCAAUCAUUUAAUAGUAUUGUAAACAACAACCUCAACAUCUACUGCUCUCUCAAAGUUUAACUCAGCCCUAAAUUUAUAUGUGGCUCUGUUUUUUUGAUAUUUUAAACAAAGUAGAAUGCUCCUCCACCAGUAAUCAGUGACAAUAAGGUCGUAUUGUAUGCUUGUUAAAAACUUUUUCCCUGUAAAAUGCUCAUUUUUUUCUGAACUGCUACUGUUUGAGGAUUACAUAAAUGGAAUAGUCGAAUCAAACUGUUUCAAGACUUGUUAGUACAGAUAUUAUGUAUUGUUUCCUAAACCUUGACCCAAAAUGAGUGUAUAUAUGUGUACUGUAUUUCUAGUUUACGUAGUAGUACAAUGUUAUGUUUUUAGCUAGAAAGACAAAAUCAUGUUCCUUUGCAUUGUUACACACCUAAACCAAUUUGCAGGAGCUGUUUGCUGAGAAAAAUGCUCAACAUAAACUAUUAAGAGUUUUAUACAUUAAACCUUUUAAUUUUGAUUUGUAGAACAAUUUUCAAUAUUUUUUUAAGUAAUACACAAACCAAAGUUAUUGUGUGAUUACUCGGUUGAUACUUAUCUUAUCAAUUAAAUGAUUGUUACCUUGUGGAAUCCAUAUAUAGUUAUAUAAAUUUGUGAUCCAGUUAGUGCUAGGUGGAACUUGUGUGCAUUUUCAGGCUUCCUCUUAUGUUUGUUGUGUUUCAAUUUAGUUUGGUUCGUCUUUCUUUAUUAUUAUAUUUUAUGACCAGUAAAAUGUAAUUGUCAGCUCUAUGCUCAAAGUCUUUCACUGCAUGUGAGGCUCUGAUAAGCCAAGACAUAGGUGAUGUCCCACUCUUACACAAAUGCUUUCUAUUCGUUUUUAAUCAGUAUUACUCAUUAAUAUCCUUAUUAAAAUAUCCAUCUAUUAUUGUGUAAGCCUGAGUGCUCUCUGUAGCUUUAAUUUUUCAGUAUCGCACAAAAUCUGUUUGACUUUGGUUGAAGUCAGCUCUAUUCCAGAUGUAGAUGUUUAAUAUUAUCCUUAGAGGAGCAGUAUUUUGCGUGAAUGUUUGCUUCCC